GAAAGGUGGCGAAGCAGCCUUUCAGGCAAAGCUGAGGGAAGGAAUGCCACAGUUUAUUCAACGCUGCUGCUGGGGCUCUCUGCUGAACGCAGGACUGUCAACAUAGAAACAUGGCUGCCUCUGCGACGAGCAAGGCGAAUAACAGAGAUAACGCUACUACAGACAGUCCGAAAUGUCAUGAAGAGUCUCUGUCGCAGUCACGUGAAAUAAUAAAACCCAGCAUCACGGAGCUGACUAAAGAAGUGAGGACCAACAUCCUCUGCACCGUGGAAGGAUGUGGGAAGAUUCUCCCCAACACACCUGCAUUGAACAUGCAUCUUGUUAAGUCACACAGAAUAAAGGAUGGUAUUGUCAAUCCUACGGUCAGAAAGGACAUGAAGGGCCCUCAGAAGCUUUACUGCUGUCCAAUUGAAGGAUGUCCCAGAGGGCCUAACAGACCUUUUUCCCAGUUCUCCCUGGUUAAACAACACUUCAUGAAGAUGCACGCAGAGAAGAAACACAAGUGCUUCAAGUGCAACAAUGGCUACAGCACCGAGUGGGACCUAAAGAGGCACAUAGAGGAUUGUGGGAAGACCUACCACUGUACAUGUGGCUGCCCCUACGCUAGCAGGGCUGCUCUACUCUCGCAUAUCUACAGGACAGGUCACGAGAUUCCUACAGAACACAGAAUUCCUCCGGUAAAAAAGCGAAAGAUGGAGAAACUGAGUGGUUCUGAAAAGGUUAAGGCCAAUGAGUCAACCUGUCAGAUCAUGCCUGCUAGUAAAGAGCUGACAGAGACUGCUCUCCCUUCUGAUACACCUGUUCAUAUCCCAGACUCAUUGAAUCAGAAGUCCAACCCCCGUAAGAUCCUCCAGAAGUUGCUUCUACCAAAGCCCAAGAUGGCUUUGGUCAGCGUUCCUGUGAUGCAGCUGGCCCACCUGCCAGUCCUUCUUCCCUCUACAGAAAGCGGGGCUCUGAGGUCUGUAGUGCUGGCAGUAGACGGUCAAGGCUCCGUCCGCACCCUGCACCUCCUGCCACAAGCCAUGGGAGCUGUGGUACCCCAACUUGAUGCUAAGAGUUUGUGUUUCAAGGAUAGCAUGCCUACUUCCCGCUCUAGCCUGGGGCCCAUUAACAUUGGGGUGCAGGUCAGUCUGGACACUGCAGGCACCGAUGACUCGGCCAGCCUGGCAGGGCAACGGGGAAGAAGCACCUCCACCAACAUUCAGACGGACAAAUCAUACUUGUCAGCAAUGCUCACAGGAGUGGGGGUUGGGGAGGGGAUGGGCUUGUGCUCUGUGGGUGAGUCCUCAGUGUCGUCCUGCUCCCAAACAGACAUCAGCGUGAGUGCCCAAGUCCUCCUGCCAGUCAGUGUUGAAACCCAGACAUUCUCCUCCCGGACCAAAGCCACAUCCUCUAUUGGUGCUCAGACAGACAGCCAGUGCAUGAGUCAAAUUCCUUGCUCCACCUCAUCUGUGCCCCCAUACAAAACCAGGCAGACACAGACCUAUUUUGCCGUGCCACAAUUGGAGGAGAAGGCUCAGGACCAGGCUAUCCUGUGCUCUGACUUAUUUGGCAGUGACUCCCUCAGUGUCUCCACUCAGACUGCUCUGGAGAUAGAUGAUACCCUCACUGUGGCAGGAAGCAGUAUGUAUGAGGACUCCAAGUCAGCUGGUGGUAUGUGUUUCGGGGUGCAGACAGAUGAGUUCAAUUCAAACAGCAUGGCAGAUAACCAGACCCAAACAAUGACCUUGUUAAAUGACCUAGAAAAUAUUCUGUCUGGCAGCAUGUCAGGCCACCAGGGGCUCACAGAAGCGUCUGCAGGUUGCGGCUCAGGUCUGGGAUCUGUUCAGGAGCAACACAAUGGCAUUGACUUUGACUUUGAAGAGUUUCUCAACGCCGUGCACAUCCAGACGCAGACGGAGGAGAGUGAGCUGGGAGGGCUGGGUGGCGACACGCCGCUGGAGUCUCUGGACAUCCAGACCCAGACGGACUUCCUCCUGAUGGAUGAACUGGACCAAAGCGAGGGACCAAGUCGAGUACAAGCCAGCGACCUGGAGCUAUUUGAUACUCAAACUCAGACUGACCUCAAUUUUCUGCUGAAUGCCGGAAGCCACAUGCCCCUGAGCAGCAUCCUACGACACUCAAGCUUUUCCAUGAGCACAGAGUCUUCGGAUACAGAAACGCAGACAGAUCUCCCGUCGUUCGCCACCGGUCUCUCUGCUCAGACUCCUGUGAGUCAGGGUGAGCACGCAAGGCUGCUGAACAGCACAGAGACGCAGACUGUGACCAGCCAGGCAGAAGGCCUGGGACACCUCUUCCUAACGAGCAAUGAAACACAAACUGUCAUGGAUGACUUCUUGUCGGCAGACAUGGCGUGGAAUAUGGAGUCUCAUUUCAGCUCUGUGGAAACUCAGACGUGUGAGGAGCUCUGUGCUCUCUUUCAGCACUCUGAGAAACCCAACAGCUGAAGCCCUCUUAGUGAAGCUGCCUAAGCUUUUGCAGUACAGGUUUUAUAAUGGUUGUCAGUUCCUGUAAAAGGAAUCGGUCUACGCUGUCCUCCAGCGGACCACAGUCUUGGCAGUAAGAAGUCUGCGAAAAUGUCUUUUGAACAUUCCAGUGGAGACAUCAUGUCCAGAGCCUUUCCAGGUAUACUGUAUAUCCUGACCAUCUCUGUUGCACUUUAUUAGCUCAAUGGGCAUGAUUUAUCAGCUCUUUACAGUUUACAUAUUUAUUUGCACAUAAAGUAACCUUGUUUGUGUCUUGUCUGAAAUGCCAGUUUACUUUGUUGUUAAAACUUUUUUAGUGUAUAACCACCGUGACUGGUUUUCACUGUUUGGUCUUACUAUAAGUUUAAAAAUGACUCAACGUUUCAUUAAUGUUAGAUCUGCACUUAAAAGGGAUGAUGUUUAAAUAUGCGUAGCUGUUGAGAAAAAGCUUAUAAAAUUGUUAUAUGGCAGAUAUACUG